CUUAAUUUUUUCACUUUUUUUUUAAUCAUCUAAUCUGGUGUCUGCUCACCUUUAUUACUUCCCAUGUGCCCACAAUAAAGCCCUUACCUCUUGGUCCAAAUCCUUUUGUUCAUCUUGACCAUUGUUGAUUGUUCGAUUCUCCAUCUUUUUUGUUCUUGGAGUUCUUCUUGCCUUUUGAUCGGACUCGUUUCCCAAAACACAAUCGCUUUCUGGGGUGUCUUUCUGUUCUGAUUUCAUAGCCAUUUCUGAAAUAUCAUCCUUCCACUCUUCCUGUUUCUACCCAUUUAGUAAUAUAUGGGCUGAGGGGCGCAUUUCAUGGGAGGUGUAGAGGAUGAAGAACCAGCGACAAAACGCGUGAAAUUAUCCUUUGGAGAACGGAGAAGUCUUUCCAACGGCACAUCUCUUAUAGACCCCAUAGCUGGCUCUUCAAGAGACAUGAUGGCUCGGCCCCUACCAUCUGCAGGGGACGAUGAGGUUGUUGGUUCCAAAGGUGUCAUUAAGAGGGUGGAAUUUGUCCGGAUAAUAGCCAAGGCCUUAUAUUCUCUUGGUUACAAGAAAAGUGGUGCUCACUUAGAGGAAGAGUCUGGAAUAUCUUUGCAUUCUGCUGUUGUAAAUCUGUUUAUGCAGCAAGUCCUUGAUGGAAAUUGGAAUGGAAGUGUGAAUACAUUGCACAAAAUUAGUGAACUGGAAGAAAGAAUCAUUAAAUCAGCCUCCUUUCUGAUUCUGGAGCAAAAGUUUUUUGAACUUUUGGAGGAGGACAAAUUCAUGGAUGCAUUGAGGACAUUGAGGACUGAGAUUGCACCUCUUUGCACUAAUGGCCGUAGAGUUCAUGAGCUUUCUUCGUGCUUAGUUGCUCCUUCAUUUUCAGGUUCUCAUGCUCAAGAUAAUGUUAGGCUCAAGUCUCGAACAAAGCUUCUAGAAGAAUUGCAGGAACUGCUUCCCCCAACAAUUAUGAUACCUGAAAGGCGAUUGGAACAUCUUGUUGAACAGGCUCUUGUUUUGCAAAAAGAUGCUUGCUUUUUUCACAAUUCAGUGAAUGAACAAAUGUCGUUGUAUACUGAUCAUAGGUGUGGGAUCGAUCAAAUUCCUUCUCGAACUCUACAGAUAUUACAAGCACACAGUGAUGAAGUGUGGUUUCUACAAUUUUCGCAUAAUGGGAAAUACUUAGCCUCAUCAUCGAAUGAUCGAUCUGCUAUCAUUUGGGAGGUUGAUGUGAAUGGUGGACUUUCAUUAAAGCAUAAAUUGUCCGGUCACCAGAAACCUGUGUCCUCGGUUUCAUGGAGCCCCGAUAACUGUCAGCUGCUCACGUGUGGUGUGGAGGAAGCUGUCAGGCGUUGGGAUGUUGCUUCUGGUGAAUGCCUCCAUGUUUAUGAAAAACCUGGUCUUGGCCUAGUGUCUUGUGGAUGGUUUCCAGAUGGAAAAUGGAUAUUCUCUGGUGUCAAUGACAAGAGUAUCUGCAUGUGGGGAUUAGAUGGGAAGGAACUGGAGUGUUGGAAAGGGCAAAGAACUCUAAGGAUCUCUGAUCUGGAAAUAACAAGUGAUGGGAAGCAGGUUAUUAGUAUUAGUAAAGAAAAUGAAAUACUACUUCUUGACAGGGAGGCUAAAGUUGAGAGAUGGAUUGAAGAAGAUCAAACUAUAACCUCGUUUUCAUUAUCGAAGGACAAUAAACAUUUGUUGGUUAAUCUUCUGAACCAAGAAAUCCAUCUUUGGAACAUACAAGGAGAUGUAAAGCUUGUUGCCAAGUAUACAGGUCAUAAACGCAGUCGGUUUAUUAUUAGGUCUUGUUUCGGUGGAAUCGAGCAAGCUUUUAUUGCUAGUGGUAGUGAGGAUUCACAGGUUUAUAUCUGGCACAGAGUAACAAGAGAGCUCAUAGAGGCAUUACCUGGCCAUUCUGGAGCUGUUAACUGUGUAAGUUGGAAUCCUGUAAAUCCUCACAUGUUAGCCUCGGCUAGUGAUGACCGCACAAUCCGGAUAUGGGGCGGCUUAAACGCUCAAAAUGUGAAGCGUGGUGGUGGUGGUGCUGCUGCUACUACUGCUGCACACAGCAAUGGUGUCCAUUAUAGCAACGGAAAAACUUGAAUUGAGGUCUAAGAAAAGCAUAUAUUUGGUUACUAUUUCUUUCUCUGACCAUUGCUUUCUUUCUUCCUUUUUAUGUAAAUACUUUUAUCAUUGUCAAAAGAAAAAAAACUGAAAAUCAGACAUUCAUAUCAAACAAGCUUUGUGGGCUAUGUAGCAAUUUAAUGAUAAUAAGUUUACUCUUUUAAUUUUCAA